CAGCUCUUGCUGCCGGCGGGGAGGCGCAGAGCAGCGCGGCCGCGGGGCUGUGGAGCGUGGCGUCUGUGCCGGGGCUGGCCUGCGGGGCCGCGCCCGCCCGGACCGAAACUGAAGCCGAAGCCCGGGCCCGGCGGCCGGACCAGGCGAGAAUUUCAGCACACCUUGUCCUACUGAACCUGGCUAGCAUCGAUAAUGGCAAGACUGCCAAGUGCUGCACUGCAUGUCCUGUGGAUCCUUUUCUUCACCUAUUCAACAAGUGAAGUUAUGUCUGCAGGACACGUACGGGAAUUUGCAUGCGUCACUGACUAUGACAAAGAGCUGGUUUGUCACUGGAAGGUGCCUGCAGACAUUAACUGUUCCAGAGAAUUCCUGCUGUACUACAGGAAGGAAUUUCUUUCUAAACAAAUGAGUGUGUGUGUCCCUGAAAAUGAAGACAACAGUUUAAGGUGCACUUGCACAAUAUGUUCGGAUUAUUUUGUAUCAGGCCUCACAUAUAUUUUAACUCUACAGUUCAAUGGGACUGAUAUGUGGAAUUACAGUGUUACGCCAGCCCUGGUUGUUAAGCCAAGGGCCCCCAAAAAUCUUGCCAUUGAGAAAGUUGAAAAUGGUAAUUUCAAUCUGACCUGGGAGGAGAGCUACUCUCCUCCAUCCAUGCUCUCUGGACAGCCGGUCAUCUAUGAAGUGAAAUACUGGAGGAAGCAGCACCCAACAGAGGUUUCUGUAAAAACCAUUAAGUACCAGACAAAAAGCUUUGAAAUUACUGCAAGCUCCUUGAGGAGAGGCUAUGAUUAUGCUGCAAGUGUAAGGUGCAACUAUACAGACUACCCAGCUUACUGGAGUGAAUGGAGUGACAAAGUUGAAUUUCACUAUGAUUACCAAGUAACAGCUGAAGAUGUUCUGCAGAUGGCUGUUCCAGUUUCCUGCAUACUGAUCAUGGCAGUAUCUGUAACUUGUUACUUCUGUUUUACCAAAGUGAAGAAAGAAUGGUGGGAUCAAAUCCCAAAUCCAGCUAAGAGCCAUUUGGUUGUAAAAAAUGUCAAGUUUUCAGUUUUGUGCUACAUUGAUGAAAUUAAGUUCCCUUUCCAUGACUUAAAGCAGAGUCAUAUGGAAUACCAAAUAAGCUGCAAGAAAUGUCUGGUUCAAAGUUUGCCAAGCCAAAGCUUCAAGGGAAAAGAUAACAUCAGGAAUGUUGAGAAAUCUUGCAGUUGCCACAGCAAGUCUGGAGAGUGGUUUCCAAAAGGCAGCAGUGGAGUUUUAACCCCUGAGACAAUUUUGAUUGAAGAGUCUAUAGAAAUCUGUGAAUGUUUAACAGACAUUGAGGCUGAGAGCCAGGAAGAGACUAGUGACCCAAUCACCAUGUUUGAGCCUGAUGAGAACAGUGUCAGUGCUCUCAGAGAACACACUGAACACAAUGAUGCACUAGCUGACAUGUUUCUUGAGCUCCUGGUAGAUGAAAACGUGCAAGACAAUAAAGACCCAGGCAUCAUCACAGGUAAGAAUAAAACCUUUGAGAAUCUCGAGUCAGAAAAUCCAUCACAGCAAAAUCCAAAAGAAAGUGCAGCCCAGAGUUGGCAGCCAUGUGAUAUUUCUCAUACACUCUCCAUUUUUACCAAAGCCUCGCAAGAUGACUACAAUUGCAGUACAGCUAGCAAGAAGUCAGAACAAUCAGAACAAUCCUUUGAAUCUGGCUAUCGGAGCUCCAGCACAAACUCUGCUUCUCUGGAUGCAAGAGAUGUUCAGCACAUGGUUCAUCAAAGCCUUUCUCCGUGCAGUUCUGACAAUCAGCAUGACUUGUGUGUCCUGAUCCAGCAAGCUCCAAAUAAACCAUCCUCUCUGACCAGAAAAGACAGAAUAAGCAACCCUGCACAUGAGAGUUUUGAUAUCUUUGUGUCUCCAUCCAUGGGUUUGUGUAGCUCUGCAUAUAAGAGCUUUGACACCCUUAUCUCUCCCUCUGUGGAGCCCUAUGGUUCUGCAUAUAAGAGCUUUGACACCCUUAUCUCUCCCUCCGUGGAGCCCUAUGGUUCUGCCUACAAGAGCUUUCACACCCUUAUCUCUCCGUCUGUGGAGCCCAGUGGCUCUGCCUACAAGAGCUGUGACACCCUUAUGUCUUCAUCUGUGGAGCCCAGUGGUUCUGCCUACAAAAGCUUUGAUAUUCUUGUGUCUGCAUUCAAGGAACCAAGUAGCUCUGUAUAUAAAAGCUUUGAUACCCUUCUGUCUCCAUCUAUGGCUAACAGUAGCCUGACUGUGUGUUUUGAAAAUAUGUGCUCCUCACCACCUUUGACACAGUUUUCAGAGACACUAGAACUUAGCUGUGGAGAUGAAAUUUAUGGACCCCCUAGCAAUCAGACAUGUUAUACCAACUACAGAUCUCCCUGCACUGAGCUUGAGUUUCAAAACACCUGUUCAGAACAUGCUGAUUUUCCAUCUUCCCCCACACAUGUAAAUGAGAGUGCUUCAGUUUUCCUACCAGAAAAAGAAAUACAUAAGCAAGUAACAUAUCAAAAUCUUCAAAAGAAAGCAAAUGGAAUUUUUUGCCCCAUUGGAUUUCAACCACCUGGUUAUCAACCUUUUGAUAAUGCACUUAAAUGUAAUGGUACAUACAGUGACAAUGACAGUGAGGUUAUCUCUAGGUCACUGUAUGAACCCUUCAUUCAUCUUUUGUACAACAACCUGAGAGAAACCCCUGCAGGUACCAUAAUCUGUGAACCUGACCAGAGGACAGAUGACCAAGUAUGUUUGAUUGUACAGGCUUUUGACUGCAGCGUUGUCCCAGGUUUAGCCUCUAAUGAAAAUGUCAUGCGGACCAGUGAUGGCAGCCUAUGGAUCACCAACUCUACUGAGCUGUCUAGUAAUAGCAAAGAUGAAAAUACCAGCAGAGGCGAACAGCUGUUGCAUUUGUUGGAACAGAACUGUCAGUAUUUUAACAACAGAGAAAGAACUAUGAAGUGGACUAAAGCUAGCAGCUUUAACUGUGCUGGUAAAGGGAUGCAAGAGAGCAACAGUAACAGACUAAAUACUGACUUUAACUGCCAUACGCAUGACCACCUAAGAAAUGCCGGGGAAAAUAAAGAGAUGAUAAAGCAUGCAGUAGGCAGGAGGUAUGGCUCAGCAGCUAGCUUGCCAGAAGAAUCACUGGACAGCGCUGGGCUGAACUUAAAAAGCACAGAGCCCCUGGGCUCAGAUAAGGUGUCGCCUCCUCUUUUUGUGGGUGACUUCUGUCCUGAUUCUUGCACCAUUUGCAGUGAGGGUUGCAGAUUGGCACCUGUAGUUAAAAAAAGCCCAGUAGAAUUAUUGAGGGAAUACAACAGGAAGAAUGAAAAAAAAAUGAAACUUGUACAGGCUCUUGCUCAGGAAGACAACUGCUACAUGAAGGUAGCCUAGUCACUGUUGCCAAGCCUGAACCAAAGUCUUUGGAAAUGAACUGUAUGGCAAAUUGAAAUGUUGCUUUUUCUUCUGAUCUUGCCUGAAACGAGGGCUACUACAAUUCAGAUGUGAGUUCAGUGGGUUGUAACAUUCACACCUGCUGCAGGGCUGGCACCCGGUAUGUGAGGCAGGCCCCUGCAGGACAGCAGAGGUUAGCACCUAAUAAUUUCAGCUACAACUCUUGUCGGGGCAGCAAAGCCAGAGCUUAAGGCUCUCUGGCCGUGAUUGUUCUCUAAAAGUGAGCAGCAGCUGCACAAAGCAGGAGUUCUUAAUGCAGCUCCUGUGGUUAUUGCCCUGACUCUGUGUGUUGCUUGGGAAGCACACAGAGGUGAUGUGGAAGGUGCUGACACCCCUGGAAGUGGGGCCUAAGUGCAGGUCAGAAGGGAAUUUACUUGUACUGGCAGCCUCACGCAGCUUCCAUAAUUUAUUUAUUGGGUGGGGAAUGGAGGAGGAAGGUCCCGUGUGCCUAGCCCCAGCAUGGGUGUAUGUUUGUAUACUUGCUUAAUCAAGACCUGAAAUAAAGAUCACUGUCACUAGGCUUAA